CUGAGCCACCCGACGCCCCCACCACUACUUUCUUCCUAAAAGAACACUUUUCAAUUUUCGUGCUUUUUUUUUGCCGCCACCCCACCUCACGAAUGUAAACAAAAACGCAUUUCUCCUCUCUCUCUCUCUCUCUCUCUCUCUCUCUCUCUCUCCCCCUCUUUCUUUGUGCUUCUUUAUUACUGAGAAGAAUAAAGCCUCAAUCUUGAACAGUGAAAACCCCAAAAAGUAAUUUUUUUUAAUUUCCAGAAACUGCCAUGGAACUAGCCAGUAAUUAUCUGGUUCAGUUUCUUUACCAUCUGCAAAGGACCAAGAAAUCUUUCUAUGCUUUUGUUUCUCUUCUUUUGCUUUGCCUUUUAGCUUAUAACAGUGCCACAUUCUAUACCCACGCUCCUUUUCCGGCCAAGAAUUCGCCCGAGCCUGCCAGUUUUUCGCCGGAAACUGUCCCCGGGAAAUCAAAAUCGUUCUUCUCUCUGUCUUCUUCAAUAAAACUCUCAUCAUCUGUAAAAGAAGAGCGCCCCUUUGGGAAAUUGAAAACCCAUUUUCCCCUUUUACUUAAAAAUGCAAACUUGGUUGCUUUUGUGAACACAAGUGUGGUGUAUCAUCCAAAAAGGAGAAGAAAACACGGUCGUGGGUUCAAAGUGAAGCCUUUUUCAGUUAGAGUGAAGGAAUUCUUCAAUGCUAAUCCACUGAAUUUUUCUUGUAAGUUGCGAUUUUUCAUGACCUGGAUUUCUUCACUAGAGUCUUUUGGGGAUAGAGAGUUGUUUACCAUACAGAGUUUAUUCAAAACACAUCCAAAUGGUUGCUUAAUUAUAGUAUCCAGUUCAAUGGAUUCAAGAACUGGGAUGCAGAUUUUGAAGCCCUUUUUGGGCAAGGGAUUCAAAGUGACUGCAAUUUCUCCUGAUUUCAGUUAUUUGUUCAAUAACACUGCUGCACAGGCUUGGUAUAACCAGUUAAUGCAAGGAAAUGUGAAUCCUGGAGAGGUCUCUUUAGGCCAGAACCUCUCAAAUUUACUUAGGCUUGGGUUAUUGUACAGAUUUGGUGGGAUUUAUUUAGACACUGAUAUUCUAGUAUUGAAGAGUUUUAAGAAGCUAAGAAAUACAAUUGGGGCUCAGACUAUUAAUCCUGAAACAAGAAAUUGGAGCAGAUUGAAUAAUGCUGUCAUGAUCUUUGAUCAGGGCCAUCCACUUCUUUACAAGUUUAUUGAAGAAUUUGCACUCACAUUUGAUGGGAAUAAAUGGGGACACAAUGGACCUUAUUUGGUUUCAAGGGUUGUUUCAAGAAUCACUGGGAGGCCUGGUUACAAUUUUACAGUGCUGCCACCUAUGGCUUUUUAUCCGGUUUAUUGGAGCAGGAUUGGCAGCCUUUUCCAGGGGCCGAGGAAUGAGACUCACUCGAAAUGGUUGAUUGCAAAGCUCGAGCAAAUUCAGAGCCAAAGUUUCACAGUGCAUCUCUGGAAUAAGCAGAGCAGAGGGUUUAAGGUUGAAGAAGGAAGCAUUAUUGAACAAAUAAUGCUUGAUUCUUGUGUUUUCUGCAAUUCCUCUUCAUUUGCCUCAUAAUAAGCGUAUAAUAAGGAUAAGGCUAUGCAUAAUCUCAUUGCAUUCAUCUUUCAAAAUGUUAUAAUCUUGUGCAUGAAUCAUGGACUCACUCUGUCCAUUCCUUAGAUAAUCAAAGGAAAUGUAAAUUAGGGUCAUAAGUGAAUUCUAAAUUGAAGAGCAAUAGUUAACGACCUUCUCUUCUUGAUAUAUAUAACGUUUGGACAAAGUAUUGGGAUUUUGUUUUGUU